GCACCUUUGCCCCGCUGGGUCAACUCAAUGAAAUCACCAUGAGGAACAACAAAGGGCUUAACAUGACCGUCGUGGCCAAGAUCAGCUCUAGGUUGUCAAAUCUCACCCUGGCUGGAAACGACUUCGGUACGAUCCCAAAAGGAUCGUUUCCUAAGUUGUCAGAUUUACAACGUCUGGACCUCAGUAAUUGCAAUCUGAAAUCGAUCGAGAACGGUGCCUUCUCCACUUUGACAUCCCUGAAAUAUAUGGACCUGUCUAUGAACAAACUGGAGAUCGGUUCCGACACGAUUUUCACGGGUCUGAAAACUUUGGACUCCCUAUACCUUCGCAACAACACCAUCAGAUUCGAAGGUGCCAAGUCACCUUUCAAAGACCUCAAUGGACUCAAAACUCUGGAUUUGAGCGGGAACCUCAUCACACUCCUGUCCUACAAUCUUUUGAUGGGUAACAAUAUCCGAGCCUGGAACUCGGCCGUCCUGGGAGCUAAGGCUUCUCUGGAAAUCCUCAGGCUGGGCCAAAAUGACUUGUCAGAGGUCACAAAGGUCAUGCUGACUGACUUGAAGAAAGUUAAGAAAAUGGAUCUCUCUGAGAACAAGUUCCAGUGCAACUGUCAGAUCUACGAUUUCUACGGGUGGGCAGCGGAAAACAGCGGGAAACUGGAGCUUUGGCAAAAUGAUACCUAUAAGUGCCAGGGCAACAACGACACCUUGCAUUCCGUACGUGAUGAAGGGGAGAAGCUGCUCUCACAAUGCCGGGGAGGGCAAGGCAACACUGACGAUGGUGGAUUUUCAACCGCGACUACUACAGUGUUAUCCCCACCACCGGCCAGCAACAACAUCAACGUCAAUAUUGAGAACAACAGCAAUGCAGGCAGUGGGCACAUG